UUCAACCGAAAGCGAACGCUCCCGCUGUCAAGCACGCGGCUUGUUCGAGGACCUCCCAUCUCGACACGUCCUGCACGGCAACCCACCUGGGCAUAUAGGAACUUGAGGACCAGCAUGUUGGGCCGCGAGGAGGCUCACGUCCAUACUCACUGUCCACCACCAUUACUUCGAGUUUGCGUUCUCCAUACAAUCUGACAGGAACGUUGCCAUAGUGUCCGCAUGAGCAUCUCCAACGGUGUCAGAGCAUCUCCAACGGUGAGACACUAGCAAGUCCCAUCGAGCACUCUGGCCAUCCAGGUGUACAUAAACGAUGGUUGUGUUGUGAAGAUUUAGAUCGACUCGAGUGUGUUGCGGUCAGCGUCGACGUCGUGCUUGUACUUGUCCAAGUACAUUUCAUGGAGCGCAUCGCCGUCAUAAAAGAGUCGGGUCACUUCUUCUGACGUUCUGUUGUGGGUGUUGGGGACCACAAAGUACACGAACGGGAUGAGCAUGAGUAAGCAGCCAGUAAACACGAGGAACGCGUAGUUGCCCGCGGCUGUCGGGCGCAUGAGCUGGGGGUAGUACACAGCAAUGACAAACUGCGCCGUGAACGUGCAAAACGUCGACAUCGAGUUGGCCGUGGCGCUAAGAUGCUCUGGGAACAGCUCGUUCGAGAUGAGCCACGCCAUGGAGCCUGCCGAGAAGCAGUAGGACGCGACGAACACGAGCACCGUGGCGAUCGCAAUGUAGUUGGUCGAGUUAAAGUCGACGGGGUUGCCGGGGUACAACUGGGUCCAGACAAUGCCCACCGACGCCAAGAGCGUCACGACGAGGCCGACAAGGAGGGGCGUGCGGCGGGAGAAUCGGUCGAGCAGCCGCGCCGCCAUACACAUGUCAUGGAACCGGCCAAAGUUGACGAGGAUGUUGGACAAUCGCGUCUCAUGGAUGCCCACGUUGAAGAAGAACCCGUUCGAGUAUGCGAUGAUGGCGUUCAUGCCCGCGAGUUGCUGCGACAGGCACAGGACGACUGCCACGAGCAGCUGGCGCCGGUACUUAGGGCUCACGAGAAGGCCGAGCUUGGAGCUCGAAGCUGCCUCCAUGCGCUGCUUUUCAUGGGAUAUGAUCAUCGCAUUCAAGUGGAGCUCAGUGUCGCAUGGCUGGGCGUACAGCUGCUGCAGGGCCACCCGGGCUUGGUCGUACUUGUUUAGCAUGACCAGGUGGUGCGGUGACCGGAUCAUACACGGAAACAGGCAUAGCUGCAGCAGUCCCAGCACGAUGGGGGCCCCGAAGAGCAGCCGCCAAGUGAUUUCCUCAGACGUGACGGUCAAGUGCAAUGACGACACAACCAGCCCCCCCAGGGAGAGCAUGACCUGGGGCAGCGUGAGGAAGAAGGCGCGGCGCGCUACGGGUGCCACCUCGCGCAGAUACAGGUUGCCCACGACGAUGGCCACGCCGGUGGCGAUGCCAGAGAGGCCGCGACCGACUGUGAACAUGAGCAUAUUGUUGGAUAGCAUUUGGACGAACGCGCCGGCGAUCAUGAUGAACGUGUUGAGCAUGAGCGUUGUGCGGCGGCCGAGGGCGUCGGCGGGAACAGACGAGAAAAGCGCGCCGAUGCCCGCGCCGACGAUCCACGCCGUGACCGCCGUCGUCCAUUCUUGAGAUGUGUGCGUGGGGAAGAGAAUGCAUUGGCCUUGGAGAGGCGGGAUCUGCUUGGCGACCGCGGCAGGCACGUAGCAUGCCUUUGAGUUGAACCCAAUCCACGCCAUUUGGGCAAGGAGGUACCCGUAUUGGAAGGCUCCGAGAAGCACCACAAACACCGAUUGGUACAGCUUUCCCGACGCCACAAGCGGGGACUCUGCGAGCAUCUUGGCCGUUUGGUCCGGGAGGUUAAGGUUGGUGCAGAGUCCAGGCAACAUGUCAACACUUGAUAUGGGUCGAAAAAUGGACGACUGGGCAACUAUGCAUCACAUGUCCGAUCGUGACACUUGAAAUAACUUGCUACAGUAGUAUAUUAUUGCAACCGUAAUAUGGAAACCACGCUAUAUUUUAAUUCAUCG